UGUCAACGAAGUAUUUCGUGUAUACAUUCGACAGAACCGGUGGGGUUCCAUUGUUGUUUAUGGAGAAGCUUGGAAGCUCCGCUGUCCUUGGGCGGGGAUCAGUUUCUCUCUAGAAUGACGAAGCUAUCAACUAUAUAGGAUGAAGAAUGGAUUCGCUCGAGUGGAUCGAAAGUAGUAGACAGCAGGUAUGUACUCCUGUAAGAAUGAAAAGGAAAAUUAGAUCCAAGAAAUAUGAAUUCGUUGGUUGGGGAUCAAGACCACUUAUUGAAUUUCUUGAAUCAAUUGGUAAGGAUACCAAAGAGAAGAUUUCUCGACACGACGUUACCUCUCUUGUAAAUGAAUAUGUCAGUAUUAACAACCUUCUUCAUCCUUCUAGAAAGAAACGAAUCGUUUGCGAUGAUAGGCUCCAUUCCAUUUUCGGAAGGAAAACAAUUGGCCGUAUUAAAAUCCAUGACAUGCUAGAGCCGCACUUUGCGGAGAAUCAAGAUGAAUCAGAUGAUGACUUUUCUUACAGCUCUGACGAGACGGAGAAUCUUUUAAAUACCCUCAAACGGGAGAAUGGUAAAACCCCAGGAAGAAAGCUCAGUCAGAAGACGAGAGUGCUGGUGAACCCAAAUACUUCUUUUGCUGCCAUGGUUCCUGGAAAUAUUAAUCUUGUCUACUUGAGAAAGAGUUUAGUAGAGGAUCUGGUUAAAGAUCAUGAAACCUUUGAGAGCAAGUUGAUUGGUAGCUUUGUCAGGAUUAGAUCUGAUCCCCAUGACUAUCUUCAGAAAAAUACUCAUCAGCUUGUGCAAGUUACAGGGGUGAAGAAAGUUUCUAUACCUGGUGAUUUGGGUACAAGAUUCCUUCUUCAUGUUUCCAAUGUGAUGAAAGACGUCAGUAUUUGCAUGCUUUCAGAUGAAAAGUUUUCUGAGGAGGAAUGCAAAGAUCUGGAUCUGAGAGUAAAAAGUGGUUUGGUUAAGAGAUUAACUAUUGCAGAGGUUCAACAAAAAGUUGAGGCCUUGCAUGUGGAUAUUACCAAGCAUUGGCUUUCGAGAGAAAUUUCUUUGCUGCAAAACCUCAUUGAUCAAGCGAAUGAAAAGGGGUGGCGCAAGGAGCUUGACCAAUAUUUGGAGAAAAAGCUGCUCCUUCAGACUGCAGAAGAACAGUCGCGCAUUUUUCGUGAGAUUCCACAAGUGAUUGCAGAUGAACCAGAAUUUCAAGGCAUUUAUGGUAGUGCAAAUCAAGGAGAUAAUGUCACUAAUGAAGGAGAUGAAACCAAAUUGCAGGUGAGAAGGGAGGUUUCAGAUGAUACAAAUCAAGGAGAAAUUGUAUUUGGUUCAAACCCAAAUGUUGAUAUUUAUGUUGCAGAAAACCGAACUGCAGCUUCGAUGUCCAACGUGGAAGAAUUUGCAGAAUGUAGACGAAGUGUUCUUGAUGAAGAACAGCCCCCACAACCAGUAGAAUCUACGUGUAAUAGUAGCUUGAAUGAGACAGAACUUAUAAAUGAGGUGGAUAAAGGCUGGCUAGCGAAUGAGCAGAUUAAAGAAUCUCGAGUGAUAAAUUUGAGCGACGACGACGAACUACCAAGGGGUGAAGAGCUUGAUUGGAAUAGCACACUAAGAAGCUUGAUUUGGUAUUAUUUAGAUCCUCAGGGGGACGUUCAAGGGCCCUUUUGUCUUGGGUCGUUGAAGAACUGGAAGGAUGCCGACUAUUUUCCUCCAGAUUUCAAGGUGUGGAAGAUGGGUCAGACUCAAGAUCAAGCUGUUUUAUUGAGCGACAUUCUUUCCCACUUCCUUUCAUAACUACUAAUACUGCUACAUUUUUAUUUCAAAUGGAAGCAUUACAUGGAUGGGUUAGCUUCCUAACUGUCUUGAUGCGUAACGUUUAAUGGAACUGUGUUGAGGAAAUCUUAAAAUGUUUUUACAUUUA